AUGCAACACGUAGGGAUCAACAAUAACUCUGUGGCAUCUCUCAAUUAUAGCAAGUUUGAUAUUGAAAACAACUUAGGGAAGAUGGUGUAUGCGUUGAUAACUUACAAUGCUUCUGCCCAACUCCUGGCUGUUUCGUGGUCCUUUGAUGGAACUAAAUCUUCUUCUACUCCUAGCGGUUAUCUUUCGUACAAGAUCGACCUGUGGGCAGUUUUGCCGGAGUGGGUCAAUGUUGGGUUUUCGGGUUCAACUGGAUCGUCCACUGAGAAAAACGUGAUCCAUACCUGGGAGUUCAGUUCAAACCUGGAUCUUAAUUCUACGCAUGGAGUGGAAAGUGACAUCGCAACCAAAUGCAAGGUUCAGGUCAAGAUAGUAGUUAUUACAGUCAUUUGUUCUAUUGUUUUUGUGCUUGUUGUCAUUAGUAUUUCUUGGUUGAUUAUCAAAAAGAGAAGAACAGAGGAUGGUUUUGAUUUAGAUAGAGAUGUUAUGCCUAGAAGGUUUGGUUAUGAGGAAAUAGUUGCAGCCACGAACGGGUUUGCAGACGAUAGAAGGCUGGGAGAAGGGGGCUCUGGACAAGUUUACAAAGGAUUUCUGGGAGAUUCAGGGCGCGUGGUUGCUGUGAAAAGGAUAUUUUCUGAUGUUGAAGAUUCUGAGAGAGUAUUUAGAAACGAGGUGAACAUUAUAAGUCGUCUUAUACAUAGAAACCUUGUGCAAUUCAUGGGGUGGUGCCACGAGAAAGAGGAGUUGAUACUGGUUUUUGAGUACAUGAGUAAUGGAAGCCUUGACAAUCAUCUGUUUGGCAACAGAAGAAGUUUGACAUGGGAUGUGAGAUACAAGAUAGCAUUAGGUGUGGCUAGAGCACUUCGUUAUCUUCAUGAAGACGCGGAGCAGAGUGUUGUUCAUAGGGACAUAAAGUCAGGAAAUGUUUUGUUGGACACAGAUUUCAACACAAAGAUUAGUGACUUUGGGAUAGCAAGGUUGGUGGAUCCAAGAUUGAGGACUCAGAGGACAAAGGUGGUGGGGACAUAUGGGUACCUAGCUCCAGAAUAUAUAAACGGAGGGAGGGUUAGCAAAGAAUCAGACAUGUACAGUUUUGGGGUUUUGGCUUUGGAGAUAGCAUGUGGAAGGAGGACUUACCAGGAUGGCGAAGAUAAUCAUGUGCCUUUGGCGAAAUGGGUAUGGAAACAUUAUGUGGAUGGGAAUAUUUUGAAUGCUGCUGAUGAGGAAUUGAAGAUGGAUUUUGACAUAUAUGAAAUGAAAUGUUUGCUCAGUGUAGGAAUAUGGUGUACCCUCCAAGACCACAAGGAAAGGCCAACCUCAGAACAGGUUAUAAAUGUUCUUAAACAAGAAGUGUCAUUGCCAAUGUUUUCUGCAAAAUUCUCUAAUAAUGGGCAACCGGAUCCCUUGGAAUCAUCAUCCAGAAAAGCAUAA